AUGUCCAACAACUGGCAGGAAGAGGCCAUGCGCCGCCUGCGUCAGAUGCAGCAGGCGUCGGGCGGAGCGGGCGGACGAGGCCCUCAGAUGCCGCGCGGCGGCGGUCCAGCGCUCUUUGGCGGCGCUCUGCUGAUUGGCGGCGCCAUGGUGCUGUCCAACGCGCUUUUCAAUGUCGACGGCGGUCACCGCGCCAUCAAGUACAAGAGACUGUCUGGCGUGAGCAAGGAGAUUUACAGUGAAGGAACACACAUUAAUAUCCCCUGGUUCGAGAUGCCUAUCGUCUACGACGUGCGAGCGAAGCCGCGCAACGUCGCUUCGCUGACGGGUACUAAGGACCUGCAAAUGGUCAAUAUUACCUGCCGUGUGCUCUCGCGCCCGCAGGUCGAGGCGCUGCCACAAAUCUACCGCACGCUCGGCACCGACUACGACGAGCGCGUGCUGCCCUCAAUUGUCAACGAGGUGCUCAAGAGCGUCGUGGCCCAGUUCAACGCCAGCCAGCUCAUCACCCAGCGUGAGAUGGUGGCGCGUCUUGUGCGCGAGAACCUAUCGCGCCGCGCAGCCCGCUUCAACAUUCUACUUGAUGACGUUUCUUUAACUCAUCUUGAAUUCUCGCCCGAGUUCACCGCCGCCGUCGAGGCCAAGCAAGUUGCCCAACAAGAGGCCCAGCGCGCCGCCUUUGUCGUCGACAAGGCCCGCCAGGAGAAGCAGGCCAUGGUGGUCAAGGCCCAGGGUGAGGCCCGCUCAGCCGAGCUGAUUGGUGAGGCUAUCAAGAAGAGCAAGGCCUACCUCGACCUGAAGAAGAUUGAAAACGCGCGCCUCAUUGCCCAGCAGAUGCACGAGUCGGGUGCCCGGAACAGGCUGAUGCUUGACGCCGAUGGUCUCGGCCUCAACGUUUUUGAGAACGACGAGAAGAAAUAG